GAGGAGGGAAGAACACCUUCAGCAGAGAGCUGGGCUUGUCUUUAAUGAAAUCUCAGCUUUUUAUGUUCACUUAAGUGACCAUCAGUAAAGAGCAUUUUGCAGAAAAAAACAGGUAGUGGUUUCAAAGCCACAGGAACUUUACAUGCAUUUUUUUUAGCUAUGCAGACCUUGUAAAACAAGUCACCGUCUUUAAGGAUGACUAUUUUUAAGAUUAAUUAACUGAGCAGGAAAAAUGCUUGCUUACCUCUCUGCUAAAUCUCUCACACACUGUGAGCUUUGGCAGACUGCCUUCUGCCAUAUGUUUCUAGCUCUCCCAGAGAAAUUUCAGCCCUCAGUAUUUUCCCUCUGUCAAGGGCUGCUCUUCAGUUCCUUACCAUGGUGUCUCCUGAUGAUAAAACCCCUUUUCUUCUGCCUUCAAGUGUUUUCUAGGCAGACGAACAAAAAUUGAAAGCAAUUGAAAUGGGCUGGUGCUGGCUGGUAUUGUGCAAACAGCCCAGCAGCUCUAUCUGCAGCCCAGGGUAGGUUAGGUGAGAAGGAGGUGGGGUCCUGAAAGGCAGGGUCCUGGGCUGAAACCCUACCUGGGGCUGGUGGCGGUUUGUGCUGGGUGGGGAACUCUUCCCCAGCUAUGCAUGUCCAACCAAGCCCCUCACAGCCUCGCUUCCCCUGCCUGCGGAGGGGCCGGCGGGGCUGGGUCGAGGUCUCUUCCCGGCUGCGGAAGCCGGUGUUGGUGGGACCUACCCCCCCACCCGCUGUCCCUCGCCGCCUCAUGCAGCCGCCACCUGUUGCGCUGGCCCUUUAAGCCAGGUGCUACCGCGUCACAGCCAGCCCCGCCCCUCCCUGGCAGGCAUUGGGCUGUUCCGCCGUCAGGUGGAUGUGCCCGGGGCGGGAGGGGGGUGUCCCUCACUCGCACACCUCCGCUUUCGGGAGACGCUUGGGGCGCGGGCGGCCAAUGGCGGCCGGGCUCUGCACGGAGAGGGCGGGGCCGCUGUGGAGGAGGCGGUGGCGGGUGCGAGGCACCUGCAGCUGGGAAAGGGGCGGGGCGGGGCCGCAGCCGCGGCGGCGCUGCCGUGCGAGCCGCGUCCCCGGCCCGGCGGCGGCUGAGGGAGGCUGGCGGGGAAGGGCGCGGCGGGGUGGGCGGCGAUGGACGAGCCUCUCUGCUGCUGCGAGUACGUGGACCGGCGGGGCGAGAGGAACCACCUCGCGGCGUGCUGCUGCGACUGCGAGGACCUGGACGAGGGCUGCGAGAGCCCUGUCUCGAGCUAAGAAAGACCCCGGCUACAUUCCCAUCCCAGCAAGCAGCGAUAAGUCAUCACACCAGGAUUUGCCCAAGAGUGUUAGAGGGAGCUGCAAUGGGCUCCCUGGCGUCACCACAUCAGGACCUGCCAGCAACCGUGCUGUGAAUGGGGAGGCCAAAGGCUAUUCCAGGAUGUCAGCUGAGGAGCUGGAAGGCGUGAAAAAGGAUUGGUGUGCUAAAUGCCAGCUGGUCAGACCAGCCCGAGCAGGGCACUGCCGGCUUUGUGGCAGGUGUGUAAGGAGACUGGACCAUCACUGUGUCUGGAUUAACAGCUGUGUAGGGGAGCAGAACCACCAAGCGUUCAUCCUUGCACUCUCCUUCUUCAUGCUCACCUCUGUGUAUGGGAUAACAUUGACCCUGCACACCAUCUGCAGGGGCCGAACUCCGUUUGUGGCAUUGUUCUACUGCCCCGGGGCCUAUUCUGACUACAGCUCUGCUCUGUCGUUCACCUGUGUGUGGUACUGUGCCAUUGUAACAGCUGGCAUGGGAUACAUCCUCGUUAUCCAGCUGUUGAACAUCAGCUACAACGUGACUGAGAGGGAAGCUCGGCUGGCUCUGCGGGACAACACUGGGCGCAGGCUCCUGGGUGGGUUAGUGAUAGACACUGGCCAGUAUAACAGGGGUUUCUUAUGCAACUGGGGCCAUUUCCUGAGCCUGGGAUCUUCUCCUCCACAGCACUCUGCUGAAGACAUCGUGUGAUACCCUUCUUUCUGCAGAUGAUGUUGAUUGACUUUCUUUUGGAGGGGAACAGUCCCUUCCACUAGGACUCCCUCCUCCCACACCCUUUCUUUGUGGUCAGUGUGUGGACUGCCUAUCCCAUCAAUGACCACAUCAGAAGCUCUCCCAGACAGAAUGGUUCUUCCCGUGCUGUCGGCCAGCAAUGGGAUGCAGUAAGCCAUAUGCAUAAACCUGAAGAGAAGGAGCCUGAUGCCUUUUUCCACUGUGCAGAACUUUGUGCAGCUCAGUCCAGCAGGAAGAAGAGCAAGCACAUGGUUUUGAGAACUUGAGUUUUCAUUAGGUGUGAACUCUGGCAUCGAGAACUCACUGCUGGACUUCACAGGGUGCACUGAUUCUUGCAAAAGUUAAGGAAUAACUGGCUCGUACCCAUGACACUUUAGAGAUGUCAGGAGGGUGAGCUUUUGAUACACAUAAUAAAUGGACCACUGCAGAAGCCAGGCUUUUUGGCUAAAAGAGGCUGUCUAGGCAGCCGCUGAGUAGCUCCCUCCUUUAUGGUGCAUUGUUGUUUUGUUUUGUUUUUCUUUUUUCUAUUCAAUCUAGCUGCACACAUGCUUUUAUUAAGUGCCUUUGUGAGCAACAUUCCUGUAGGGCUUUGUAAGAUCCAUUCACCUCCUUACAGCAUCCCUCUCUGGUCCAACUGAGUAAGAAGGCACUGUUACCUUUGAUCUUGUAAUUUUUUCUGCAAGCUUGGUGUGCGUUGGUUUGAAGACUUGUCUCGUUUCCACCCAAGAUGCAGAAGCAGAGGGAAGAACCUUUUUCACAGCUGCUGAUGAUUUUAGAUGUGUGUGCAGCAUGCACAGAUCAUACCUACCCCUGGUUCCAGUUGUGUGGCAGGCAGCUGAGGGAUGAUGGCCGAGUGCAUUAUCUCUGAAGAAUGGAUGGAUGGUGCAUGGUGCCAAAAGGUAGUGUUGGAGGUGUCCCUUGAGAUCCCUGCCAUGUUUGGUGUGUGUACUCCUGAUUACCUGUCCUAGUUUGAGGUGAAGACCACAUCCCUCUUUGCACUGUUCCCUCAAGUGGCACUUUGUGUAACCAGCAGAUAAUUGAGGAGCAGUUGCACUUGGAAUGUGGCUGUGUAGAAAGAGUUACUGACUUACUGAGUGUCCCUCUUACCCUUUUUUACUCUGUGAGCAAUCUUUUGUAAGGAAGUAAAGGGGACACCUCUCUUGCUUCCUGCAUCUAACCAGACACACCAAGGUUUAUGACCACAUUCCUGGCCCUAAUGUGAAGAAAAAGGCACCCAGCUGGACUGUGCUGACUGUUCCUCUGUGACCUGACUGUUUGGAGCUUGGAGCCUGACCAUAGGAGUUGAAAUUGAUACAGAGACCUUGCUUCCACAUGAGUUGUCUGUAAAUGUUUCCAUGUCACAUACCCUUUGGUGGCGCCUGCUGAGAUGAAUUGGAGCUUGGCAACCCUGGAGGCAGGGAUGGUGUGGGCUAGCAGGUUUGUGAUCUUCUUGGCUCUCGUCCUGCUGAUGCUUGGGAAGAUUAAGGCAGAAUGACCUCCUAGGCUAAACGAAACCCCUGCAGUGGAGGUAGCCAACCCCUCUAUACCUGUGAGUUACAUGUGUAGAAAUCAAUUGUGCACCCAUGAGCUGAACGACCUCUGGGAGCCUUUAUAGCUUGGAGACAAGCGGUUUCUCAGAGUCCUGCUACUCCUGGCUGUGAGAGAGCAGAGAGAGCAGAGCAGAUCGCAGAUUUUUUCUCUGACAGUGCCUGAUGCCAUUAUGCUCACUUUCUCUUGCAGGCAGAGUUUGGUUACCACUUUGCAACCUGUCUGUCCAUACAGCCUUGUCCCUUGUCUCUUAGUGAGCUCUGGCACAGGAGGUUUCAUUUGAACUGCUUACACCGAGACUCUGUGGACUUUGGAAUGCAGAUUAGAAAUAAAGGAUUUUGGAUUAAUAUAACCAUUCCAUACCUUGAUCAAGCCUGCUCCAGUAUAGCAGGGGUAAAAUACUAAAAUAGAUUUUAUUUUUACACUUACUCCAGAGGGAACUGGAACCAUUCAGGACACUGAAAGGGUUGCAAGGCUGGGUCUUUUUUAGGAGGAGAAUGCAGCGCUGAUUCCCCAGUGAACAGGAAGUUCAUGUGGCUGUAAUCUGCAUAGCAAUGGUGACUUCUUUAAGGACGUGGCUUUUGUUUAUCAUCCUGGCUUCUUCCUGAGAGGAUAUACCUCGUGAAUGCCUUGGGAGAUGGGAAGCAUAAAGUAACAGGAUACCCAAAAGGUAUCUGAAACGUCAGAAGAGUAGUGAGCUUCAGAUGCAUUCUUUGGAGUUCUCCUUUUAAUAGCCCUGAGAAUUAUCCAGAAGCUCUUGAAGGGUAGCACUCCCUUUUGCACUUACGGCAAGUGCAGAUUGUUGUGUUCGCCUCUGCACUAAAGGACAGUUUCUUUUCUGUGUAUUUUAUUGCUGAGCUUGUAAUUGGCCAUGCUGGUAGAAAAAUGUUAAAACCAAAGUGUAAGAGUCAGUCUUCAGGCUCGCUGUGUUAGUGGCUGCCUGGGUGUUUGAGCAGCGGGAGCAGGCUGCAUUUGACAGGUGACUUGAUGGUCUGUGUGGCCUUGAGGCAAGGACCAGUGUCUCACCUGUAAAACUGUAUGCACCUACCUGGCAGUGCAGAAAACAGUACUCUGCUGGCCCUUGGGAAGUUUUCCCUGUGUAAGGAGGACCCAGAGCUGGUCAGAAGCAGGGAAGGAUUUUGGUAAUAGCUAGCGUCGAUGUCUCUCCACCCACACAUGGAAACGGGUUUAGCCUGCUUUAACCAUGACCUUUUAAGAGCUAUUUUUUGUUUCACAAAUAGUGUGGACUUCUGCAGACCAGGGCAACUCUUAAGGGGCCAGGGUUCUGAUGUUGCUGCUGUUGUAGUGUUGAACUCUCCAUGUCCGGAUGCCAGCACCCUACUUUUUUGGUGACUAUACUAAGAACUGUGCACCUUCAGAUACACCCUGUAAAUGGUGGCUUGGCACUCUUUAACUGUGUCUUCUUACAUCAUGCUUUUUUGAAGGCAAGUCACAAGUCCCCACGUCGACUGUUUCUCCAUUUAACUUGUACUGGUGAGCCUGAGUCGGUGCUGCUUGUGACUCCUAAUCACGUUUCAGCCUUCAUGCUAUGAUGGUGCUUUUUUUUCUUCAAAGUAGGUUGCUUUUAAGUGUCUUAAUGAAACCAUUUGCUGUAAAAUUUCUUCUGACGAUAAAAUGGAUGCUGCCUCACUGCCAAAUGUCUUAAUAAUGUGCUUGGUUUUUUCCUUCUAUAUGAAUGUAUAUUGCCUCACUAGGGCAGGAAGUGUGUGUGAUUAUGGAUGUGUUUUUCUGUAUUUCUUUCGGUGAAGAGCUCUACUGUUUCCUAAUAUUUUCUUCCACUAUCAGGAUGUUUGUACAGCGAAAAUCUUUCUGCGGACAGGUGAGGUUCUUCCUGAAAUGCAGGAAUUCAGCAUCCCAAGAUUUUGUCAUUAUGGAACUCCUCUAGUGAUAAUGUGAAGAAUGAUGGACUCUGAAAGAAUUGUCUUCCUUCUUCACCCUAAGUUUUAGGAAGAAACUUUGUGAAACAUUAUUUGUGAGCUUUGAAAUGAGUGGUGUGUGUGUGUGCGUGUUUGUGUCCAUUUUGCAUUGUAUUCAGUGUUUCCAAAUGGAUGCAAUUAUGAAUCAAAAUAAAUUAGUAGAGAUGA